AUAACACAAUCGUUCACAAAAUUGGCUGUUGAAAAUGGAACACCACAGUCCGUUAUCAAUCUCUCAUCAAUAGUUGCAAAAACGGGAAAUAUUGGUCAAGCAAAUUAUGCGGCUUCAAAAGCUGGUGUGAUCGCUUUCACAAAAUCGGCUGCCAAAGAACUGGCACUGAAAGGAGUGCGCUUGAACGCUGUUCUACCUGGCUUCAUAACUUCUCAAAUGACAAACUCGAUGCCAGAAAAGGUCCGCUCCGCAAUCAGCAAACAAAUCCCGAUGGGUCGCGAAGGCAGACCAAACGAGAUUGCUGAUGUAGUCGUUUUCCUUGCCUCCGACUGGUCAUCGUACAUAACCGGUGCUACAAUUGAAGUGACCGGUGGCUUGUUUAUGUGA